UGCAAUCAGUACUACGACAUCAUCACCAAGGACUUCACCAACUACUCACCACUGUGCUCCAGUUCGAUUCGCAACUCCUGGAAGGCAGUUCGACAUGUGGCAGAGACUGAGGAAGGUCGUGCCUGGCUCACUGCACUCUUUCAGCUGUGCAAACCACUGAAACGGGAGACCGUCGAUGACUUUGUUGCCUUCAUCCUCGGCGCCUGGGACUCCAUGUCCAUGACUGAUUACCCGGCUCCAGCUAACUUUCUGAACCCGAUGCCCGCCUAUCCAAUCAAGCACGCCUGCAAGUUUCUUACCACGCCGAAUGCUGAUGAGCGAACGCUGAUAAAGACCAUCUAUCAAGGUAGAUUUAUUCUUGAAUUAUUGCAUCAUCAAUCAGUAGACCUAAUGUUCUCUCAUUCCUCUACAGCAUCUUCAAUCUUCUACAAUUACACUGGCCAAACGAAAUGCAACGAUAUCGAGUCUACGGGAGGAGGCCUUGGCGAUAUCGCCGGAUGGAACUUUCAGGCCUGCACCGAAAUGGUCCUGCCAGUGUGCUCCAACGGCGUCACUGACAUGUUCGAGCCGAACCCGUGGAACAUUACCAGUUACUCUUUGAACUGCUACAAACAGUUUGGCGUCUACUCGGACGUGGAGAAGGCGCUCAUUCUCUUUGGCGGCGACCACAUCAAGUCCGCCUCCAACAUCAUCUUCAGCAAUGGUGAUCGUGACCCGUGGUCAGCCGGUGGCGUCUUGCAUACCCUGAACCCAACACUGCCGGCAAUCAAGAUUCCCGGCGCCUGCCACCACGAAGACCUCCGUCCGUCUACGCCCAGUGACCCGCAGACGCUGAAGGACGUACGAGUUCAGGAGUUGAAGAUAAUCAAGGGCUGGCUGGAUGCCUACUACACCGAGAAAAACAUUGUUAUCCCAUUCUAA